GCUCCAAGUGUGAGUGCUGAGGGCUCUGCGACCCUCACUUGUAGUGCUGGUCCGCAGGGCCUCGCGCGACUCGUCGCCAUGGCAGCUCAGGCCACGUGGUGAGGGGGCCGCCCACCCGGCUCGUUCAGUGCUCUGGCGGCUUCACAGCCUCGGCCUUGAGACCGCGAGAUACCGCCCCCCUGGGGGCCUGCCGAGCGCCGGGCGCUGUGCCGGGCAGGGCCCCAGCUCCCAGCCCCUUCGCGCGUCAGCGGCAGGGCGAGUGUGAACGAGUAUUUCCUGAGCAUCUAUUAUGGGGAAGAAAGUGCCCAGAAAAGCUGCGGUGGUUCAGAGGACCCAGCCGGUGUCACAGAUGCAGGAAUGGAGACCAAGGGAAGAGCAGCCUAGAUAAGAGGCCAGGCCUUGGCCCUCCAGUGCAAGCACCUUCCACUUCACCACACCUUUUCUCGAAAUCCAAAAUGGCUCACAUACAAUUCUUGGUGCUUUAAGCCUAAGGAUACUGCUGCCUGUCUCCUGUUCCUACCUUCCUCCUCUUCUUGCUGCAGUGCAGCACCCUUAAGGACUGCCAGGCAAUAAUGAAGGUUCUUUUACUGAAGGACCCUAAGGAGGACGACCGUGGCCAGGACCCGUACAUCAGGGAAUUAGGAUUAUAUGGAUUUGAAGCCACUUUGAUCCCUGUUUUAUCAUUUGAGUUUUUGUCUCUUCCCAGUUUCUCAGAGAAGCUGUCUCAUCCGGAAGGCUAUGGGGGACUCAUUUUUACCAGCCCCCGAGCAGUGGAAGCAGUGGAGCUGUGUUUAGAGAAAGACAAUAAAACUGAAGUCUGGGAAAAGUCUCUGAGAGAGAAAUGGAACGCUAAGUCGGUGUAUGUCGUUGGAAAUGCUACUGCUUCUCUAGUGAAUAAAAUUGGCCUGGAUACAGAAGGAGAAAACUGUGGAAAUGCAGAAAAGCUUGCAGAAUAUAUUUGUUCCAGGGAGUCAUCAGCACUGCCUCUUCUCUUUCCCUGUGGAACCCUCAAAGGAGAGAUCCUGCCGAAAAUGCUCAAGGACAAAGGGAUUCCCAUGGAAAGCAUAACUGUCUAUCAGAAGAUUCCACACCCGGGAAUCCAAGCGAACCUGAACAGCUACUAUUCCCAGCAGGGUGUUCCAGCCAGCAUCACAUUUUUCAGUCCCUCUGGCCUUACGCACAGUCUCAAGCAUAUUCAAGAGUUAUCUGGUGACAGCAUUGAUCAAAUUAAGUUUGCAGCCAUCGGCCCCACCACAGCUCGCGCCCUGGCCGCCCAGGGCCUGCCUGUGAGCUGCACUGCAGAGAGCCCCACGCCGAGAGCGCUGGCCGCUGGCAUCAGGACGGCGCUGCAGCCCCACAGCUGCUGAGUCAGCCCCCUGGACCAGGCUGCUCGCCACUGGGCCAGGACGGCUGCCACUGGUGGAGCAAGGAAGCCAUGCCCUCAACUCUGCCUCCUGCUUAGUGGAGCCACCCAGACAGGGAUCCACACGGGACUGGGGCUGACAUCGGGCCCACGUGCAUGGGACUUCCCUCCGUGGAGGCUGACUCGGACCCUUGCCGGGCGCCCGCCAGCUCCCAGGCCCUGCGAGAGCUGCCUCUGGUGGCAGGAAGGAGAUGAAUAAACCACACUGGCUACUCGCGCUGACUGCGUCCCUUGCUGCAUGUUGUUUUCAGUGCAAAGCUGUGCUGGGGGAGGAAACAGAUCUGCCCACGUUCCGAUGAACCUGAUAUGAAUGUGUGUGAAGUAGUUUUCUUCAGCUACAAAAAGGGCCUUGAUGUUCCUGCUUUGUGAGCUCUUGGACUAUUGUAGCUCAGAUAUGGAGAGACUUUCCGUCAGAAAUGUAAAUGCAGCGUAGCACAGUAAGGGUGUGAGGCAGGCGGCGCUUACUGAGAAGGGGCUGGUCUGUGGAUGCAGUGCUGGCAGAGGGGCAGAGGACUUGUCCCCAGACUUGAUGUCCACUUUUUAAAUCUUGGCCCAGAAUUUGAGCUGGGGGAGUGAAGCCUGGUCUGUCUUCAGUGACACAUGAAUGGGUGGUAGGAAGGAUGGCUGUGUGGCCCCCAACCAGUGGCCUCUGUGGAAGGUCCUUGCUGGAAGGCAUCUUGUAUCGAGCAGCUCUGCGUGCCGUGUGCACGGGGCUUGCCUCUCCACUCUCCAUUCCUCCUAACACCUCUGAGGAGCAGACACCACUACUACUCCCUUUUCUCUGGUGAAGAAACAGAGACUCAAGGUUAGAUGACUUGCUCGGGGUCACACAAAUAGUGAAUGACAGAACCAGGACGAAUUAUAAGGGAUUUAUGAACGUAAGCACACAGACCCAGACCAACAACGUUCAUAAACCACCUCCCAUCAAAUUAACAGCAGUAGGGAAGUAGGAACCCGCUGAUAAUUGCUGUGCAAAUCUUGGUGUGACCUGGACAGCCGUUCUGCAGCAAAGGUACUGUGAUGACUCCACAGGUUUUGUGUGUCGUCAUUUUUCUGAAUACAAGCAGAGUCUGUUUCACUUCUGCUUUCUGAUUUGGAAGUCAAAGCCGGAUUGUUGAGCUUAGAAUCCUUCCUGUUCUCAAGGAGCCCUUUUCUGCUGGAGGUAUCCUCUGUUCUUGGGGAAGAGCCCAGCCCCAAGCAGGCCCUGCUCAGGACUCCAGCAGCACCUUCCAGGGCCCUUGCAGCCCGGGAGGUUCCCCCUCCCCGCCAGCCUCCAGGUGCCUCCCACUCUGCAUCAGCUAUGCGGGAGCCGCUGCUGCCAGAUGCUGCGCCCGCGACACUAGGGUUGCAGGAGGAAUGGCUUGGGGCCAGCGUCCGCAGGGAAUGUCAGGGACCAGAGCCGGCUAAACUAACCUUAGCUGUCAAGGCUGCUGUACGGUUCUGUGUAUGACGAGGACUGUGCAGGGUGGACAGUACCUGGACUGGGUGAGGCAGUCCCCUGGCCACAUGCUUGGAGGGCAGAGCAUGGAGACCAGUGUCAAGUUGCUACACAAGUUUCUCAGUUUUCACCUACUCUCUAUUUCUGCAUUUUGGGCUAAGGCAGAAGUACAGGCACAAACGCUUAUGAUUAUGAACAGAAUUGAAAUUUAUAUAGAAGCACUUGUUCCCUUUAAUAUUGCUGAACCACAGGAGUCCACUUUAUUGCCAUACUAAGUGCAACGAACAUAGCUUUCCUUUCCUUUUUUAUUUUUUCCUCCCAUUUUUCUCAAGGACUGAGGCCACUGCCAUGGCCCUCAGAGUCAUUCUGAGACCAGAGGUGCAGACAGCACAGGAGAAGAAAGUGAACCUAAUCUGACCUGGGCAGAACCCCGUACAUGCUUCACUUUAUAACUGGAUAUGUGCAGGACUGCCAGCUGUGAGGGGUGGGCACAUCCUCUCCAACAGAAAUCAAGGCUGGUACUGGACAAAAUUGUUACAAACAACUAUUUCCAGGGCUCUGGAAAGGGGCACAAGUCAGACAACAAAUUAAGAAGCAUUUAUUCUUGAAAACCUGCUCUAUCUUUGGGUCAAACCAGUGGGAGCCUGUGGCCUGGAGAUGCUCUCACCCCAUAGUCCUUAUCCGUGUAGGGCCCACUAUAGGGACCAGCAGCUUCGCCACGAGAGGGGUCGACUGGAUUGAGGCAGGAGGCAAAAACCCAGGGCCUUUUCUGCGGAAGGUGGUGAACUUGGUAGGAAGAGGACGAGAAAACCUGCCACUUUGCCAGUCUGGGGUUGUGGUCCUAGUUGGGGGAGCAGCAGCCCAAUCAGACAUGUAAUGGGGACAACCUGGGGAUGAGAGUGCCACCAAAGGACUAGGUUGGCCAGUUGGGAAGACGUGCACAUGUGCAGGUGUGAGUGUGGGCCUAAUGCAGACAGGCCAGAGGGGACUUUUGGGGUGAUGGACGAGUGCUGAAACUGCACAGGGCAACCACGUGUCCCAGGGAAUUGAGUAAAAUAAUUUGGAAAGCACUGCAUUAUACACGUUUUUCUCUAUAGUAUCAAAGGGAGAUAGAUUAGACCAUGCACUAGGAACCGCGGCUGCACAUCAGAACCAUGUGAUGUGCUAAAAACGAAGCCGCUCGGGCCCCACCCCGAGACGUUCUGCUUUACAGUUUCUAGAGCAAAGCCCAAGCCACAGGCAUUCUUAGAAGCUCUGCAACCUUGUUUGAAAACCACUGGAUCACACGGACCAGGUCCCUCAUGGCCAGAGUGUAGCCACUAACGUACCGUAGGAGCUGGAGAUGUACAGCAUGGCACUGCGUAAUGAAGAAGGAAGGAGAGAGACCCAGCUGGAGGCACAUGGAAGACGAGGGUGAGAAGGGAUGGCACGGGCCUCAGAAGAGGGGGUUUGACCAGGGAACUGGGCAAAGAAAGGGUGACUGAGGAUCUGGUUAUCUGUCAAGUGUUUUUGAGACAAAAAAGAAAUUGUGUGUUCUGUUUUGCAAAAGUUGCUGUCCCUGUUUUGCAGAUGUUGCUGUCUUGCAGAGAAAUCACAGGUUUGCAGAAAGGCCCCUGCAAAAUGUCCCCAGCACCACAUGUCCUAAAGUUACCCAAACUCAUUAGCAUCUUAAAUUCUCCUCCUCUAGGAGGGUCCAGCCAGCCAUUUUUAGAUCACGUGAUGUAAUAAUGUGUACACCUUAAAAGAACACAGUCGUUACAAAUAAACCUUUCAUCUUCUGCUUUCUUUUGUAUAAAGUCUCCACCGGGCUUGGGGAGACACUGCUUUGGGAGUUAUCCCCGGUGGUCUCCAUUGUUUGUGCAAGCAAUAAACCUUUUCUUGGUCUA